CCACCUGCGGCCGGAGCAACGAGAUACAAUCGUUCUGAGGUUUAAAACUGAGGAUAAAAACACAUCAGGGCAGCAGGCAGACCGAGGAAAAAUGAAUGUCUCUAGGACCAGGAGCCCAUAUGAGUGGUGACUAAUACACAGUGAGAGAGAGAGAGAGAGAGAGAGAGAGAGAGAGAGGGUGGUGGUAGUGGUGCUGGUGGUGGGGGUGCUGUCGUCACUGGGGGCUGCAGCAGCAUCAGCAUCAUCACCGGAAUGAGUAACAGUGCGCAACUUGGAGAAACAACUACAGUGUCCGGAGCAGCGCGCCAGUGUGUCCGGUAACUGCACGCCUCGGGAGCCUGACUGUGACCGUCUCUCUCAGCGCAUUCAUGAGGACGUAAAGGUGCCAAGAACCGCAACAACUCUGUGGAUCUGCCGGGGUGGAGAGAGAAAAAACAACAACAACAACAACAACAACAAAAAAAAAACCAAAACAAAGGAAGCCAUGGAUUAUAUGAAACACCACAACACUUAUCUGUCAAUCGUCAUUUUGAUAAUCAGCAGUGCCUGCCACGCUCUCUUGGACAGAUUUCUGGAGGAGAACUUCUCAGAACAGCUGCUUCCUCACCAUUUGGGCUCAGAAGAUGACAGCCAAUUUACCUUCUGUGAUUUUGAGUCACAGUGCUUCUGGAGUUCAUCAAAUCACAGCGACCAAAGUGACUGGUCGGUGGUGUCUCCAAAGCAACCUGAAACUGCACACGCUGGGAUGACACCUGUGACUGACCACUCAGAGGGAAGUUCUGAUGGCCACUUCCUUCUCCUAAGCUUCUCUCCUGCUGCCAAGGCCUCUGGGACAUGCGAGUACUAUUUCACCAGCCCUGUCUUGCCAGAAAGCGACAGGUCCUGCAGCUUACAGGUGGCUCUGUAUGAGGCCGGUCCAGCGGUGGGGAACCUCACACUCCUGGUCAAGCCAGUUCUCUCAGGUUCAGCUGCUCACUCUGUGGUUCUCGCCCACAGGAGACGUGACGAUCGAAGGGCUGAUUGGGAGGUUCUGGAGGCUGUGAUUGGUCAGGUGGACGAGCCCUUCCAGGUGACCCUGCUCUACACUUCCUGUUUGGGGGAAGGUGGAGUCACAGUGGCUCUGGACUCCCUGGAGUUCAUAGACUGUGAAUCAGAACACCAGGGGAUGGAAGCAGCAUGUGAGGACUCCUUCCACUGUGAAAACUCCGGAGAUUGCAUCGACCGGAGCCAAGUGUGCAACUUCCACACCGACUGCCCUUUAGGAGAGGAUGAGGGUUUUAUCUGUGAUGCUCUUCCGUUUGGCUCGCACUGCUCAUUUGAACGGGAUGCAUGUGGUUGGUCCGUGUCUAACCGGCACUCGGCCUGGAGAAUGGUCGCUGGAGACGAGCUGCUGGAGAGAGAGGACAUGCAGGGUGUAACUCUGCAGAGCACACCAGGGCACUUCCUGUUUCUGCAGGUGAGUGAGAGUAGCUCCCCUCGUGAGGCGUCCAUUCAGAGCUCCUAUUUCCCUGCCCCGGUCUCUACCGCUGCCUGCCAGAUGCGUUUCUCUCUGUACCUGUAUGGGGACUUUAAUGGUUCUCUGCUGGUGGCUGUAGAGGAGAAUGGGACCAACUCUGCACCACUGGUUUGGGAGAGAAAUGGUCAGUGGACAGACGACUGGGAAGAAGUUGCCCUGCAGCUGACUGGCCUUCAACAUGGGUUCCAUGUUAAGGUAACAGCUAUGUGGGAACAAGGCUCCAAUGCGGAUGUGGCCCUCGAUGACAUUGCAAUUGUAGCAGCCUGCUUCAAGACAGAUCUCAACUAUCUCCAGCCCAUCAUCGACUUGGCGGAUUUCUUAAGCCCCCUUCCAGAGCCCUCUGCCUCAGAGGUUUCUUUGAUGACGUGGUGGUUUAACUCAUGCGGCGCCAGUGGUCCCCACGGCCCGACCCAGGCCCAGUGCGACAGCACCUACAGGAACAAAAACGUCAGUGUCACUGUGGGGAAGGAGGGCCCCUUAAAAGGAGUCCAGAUGUGGAGGGUGCCUGCUACUAACAGAUACCUGAUCUCUGCAUACGGUGCUGCAGGAGGGAAAGGAGCCAAAAACCACAACAAACGCAACCACGGGGUCUUUAUAUCUGCCAUAUUUCCCCUGGAGAAAGGAGACGUUCUUUACAUCCUGGUGGGUCAUCAGGGAGAGGAUGCGUGUCCCGGGAGAAAUCCCCACACCCAGAAGAUCUGCCUGGGUGAGUCAUCAGUGAUUGAGGACAACCUCAGGGGAGAGGCCAGUGCAGAGUGGGCUGGGGGUGGAGGCGGAGGAGGCGGAGCCACCUACAUCUUUAAGAUGGAGGCAGGUGAGAUGGUUCCCUUGCUGAUUGCGGCUGGAGGAGGAGGAAAUGCCUACCUUGAAGACCCAGAGUCGAGUCUGGACCACAUACCACUGGAACAGUAUGAGAACAGCACCAUAGCUCCAAGUACCAACGGUCAAACUGGCACUGCAGGUGGAGGUGGAGGCUGGAAAGACAGUCUCAGUCCUAACCUGAGGGCAGGAAAGUCUCUGGUGGAGGGCGCUGAGGGGGGGUCCUCAUGUCCUCUGGCCCUGUCCAAGCUCAGCUGGUCCACCUUUGGGGGCUUUGGAGGUGGAGGUGGGGCCUGCACGGCCGGAGGCGGCGGAGGAGGUUACAGAGGGGGCGACGCCGCGCUGACGGAUGAGAUCACUGCCGACGGUCAGAAUGGCGUCUCGUUCAUUCACCCGGUGGGAGAGAUUUUCCUUCAGCCUCUGGCAGCCAUGGAGAGUCACGGCGAGUGCGAGAUCAAGGUGCAGCUGAACUGCAGCCACUGUCAAACGCAGAGCUGCAAGCGAGACGAAGAUACUCAUCUCGUCCUCUGUCUCUGCGACGACGAAGAAGUCCUGGCCAGCGACAAUGUCACGUGUAUCGGCGCCUUAGUGACUCCUCAAGGCCUGGCUCCGCAGGGCCAGAUGUCGACAUCUUUGAUCCUGGCGGUCGUGGUCUCCACCAUCGCGAGUGGCAUGGCGCUGAUCUGCGCCGGCAUCAUCCUCAUGUGGUACCGCAGGAAGAACGACCUGCAUGCAGUGAGGGGGCGUCUGCAGAGCCCAGAGUACAAGCUGAGCAAGAUCCGCUCCUCCACCAUCAUGACGGACUACAACCCUAACUACUGCUUUGCAGGAAAGGCGGCUUCACUCAAUGAACUGAAGGAGGUACCUCGCAAGAACAUAACCCUGCUCAGGGCUCUCGGCCAUGGUGCCUUUGGCGAAGUCUAUGAAGGACAGGUUCUGGGGAUGAGCGGUGAUAACAAUCCCAUGCAGGUGGCCAUAAAGACUCUUCCAGAAAUCUGCUCCGAGCAGGACGAAAUGGAUUUCCUGAUGGAGGCGCUGAUUAUGAGCAAGUUCAGCCACGAGAACAUUGUGCGCUGCAUCGGCGUCAGUCUGAACAUCCUGCCACGUUUCAUCCUGCUGGAGCUGAUGACCGGAGGGGACAUGAAGAGCUUCUUGAGACAGAACAGGCCACGAGCUGGCCAGGCCUCCUCUCUCACCAUGCGGGAGCUGCUGCAGAUGGCCAGAGACAUCGCAUUCGGCUGUCGCUACCUGGAGGAGAACCACUUCAUACACAGAGACAUCGCUGCUAGAAAUUGCCUGCUAACCUGCCCUGGACCAGAAAGAGUAGCCAAAAUCGGAGACUUCGGCAUGGCGCGAGACAUAUACAGAGCCAGCUAUUACAGGAAGGGCGGUCGUGCCAUGCUGCCAGUCAAAUGGAUGCCACCGGAAGCCUUCAUGGAAGGAAUCUUCACUUGCAAGACUGACACAUGGUCGUUUGGAGUGCUGCUGUGGGAGAUCAUGUCUCUGGGUUACAUGCCGUAUCCGUGUAAAACCAACCAAGAGGUGCUGGAGUUUGUCACCGCCGGAGGCAGGAUGGAUCCUCCCAAGAGCUGCCCAGGGCCCGUUUAUCGGAUCAUGACCCAAUGUUGGCAGCACUGUCCCGAGCACCGGCCCAACUUCUCUACUAUCCUGGAAAGAAUUAACUACUGCUCUCAGGACCCAGAUGUGAUCAACACCCCUCUACCAGUGGAAUAUACCCCAAACACAGAUGAUGAAAGUGGCAGAGUCAUCCGUCCCUCUGACCACACCUCCAACAGCCUCACUCCGCUCAUGGUGUCCCACCCUGUUUCCCAGGAUUCCUCCUCCCAGCUGGGCCUCUCCUCCUUGGGUUUGGGUCCAUCCCCUCUCCCCCCACAGCCUACCAAACCUCGUCUGCUCCUCCAAAGAACCCAACCCGUCCACCAUGAAGUGACGUCAUGCCGUGAGGCUCUGGAGCCGUCCUGGGCUGAGCCCGUUCCUGCCCCUGGCUUGUCAGCAGGAGGCCACUGGCUCCACCCCGAACCUCCUCAUCACCGCCCUUGCUCCAGGAACAACUCCUCCUCAGGGAGCCAGAGGCUGAAGAACAAGACGAAGAACCUGUGGAACCCCACAUACGGCUCCUGGGUUUUGGAAAACUUCAGGGGGAAGAAGACUCUCGCUCACACUCAGUCCAUGCCGCUCUCGAGCUCCUCCUCCUCCUCCUCCCCCUCCAACACUCAGGCACCUCAGACCUGCAGUGAGACUGGGUGUGACAGUGCCAGCCUCUGCACCCCCUCAACACCAUCCCCUUCCUGCCAGCUUCAAGUUGCCUCAAGCACGUCCUCCCAUAAAACCCCAGCAGGUGGCAGCAUAAAAGGUGGUAUGGACCUGGCUAAGCUUCAGAGUUUCCCCUGUGGCAACGUCAACUAUGCUUACGAUGAGCAAAGCUACGAGGCAGAGAGCCUCCCUCUGGUUGUGCCCAAAGCCCCUGAAGCCAUCACAAACACCAGCUCUGCCCCCAGUGUCUCCUCAGGGACCAGCCUGGGCCUCGCGCUAGGCCUUCACACCUCCUCGUCCUGUAUGCCCAAGCUGCUGCUGAAGCGCCACGCCAGCUACGGACACGAGGACGUCAGGAGACACACCAAGGCUGAGAAACCCACCCGUGACCGAGACUCGGGCUUUUCUCUGUCCGAAGACCUCAGCGUCACCCCCAUCUAAGAAACUGUAACAGCUAUUUUAACUGACAUUAAAACUGAACGUCACCCGGAGCCCCUUCUCUCACAGGCUGAGACUUGAGUCCUGGAUCUCUGGAACAAAAAAGCAUGACGGCUCCGCCACGUCUGAGAGCCACAACAUCAAAUUAUUUGAGCUCCUGGAAUGCUGGAAAACACACUCACAUGCACACAAACACUCCUCUGCACUGUGAUACGGGGAGCCAACGCUGGACUUCUGGUACACUGGUAGCGGAACACUGAAGCUGAAACACGGCAGCACGCGGCCCUUCGCUUUCUCCAACUGCCAUCCAUAACUGCUGUAGUGGGCCUCCUUUUAUACUCAUUUUGGUGUUUUCAUGAGCGCUUUGAAAGUACGUUGCGUCACAGUAAGCAAUCUGUAGUAUUGUGGUGCUGUACACUGAGUACAGUAUGACCAGAACAAGCUGAACAUAUUGAGUCAUUGGGAAGAGAAUCUCCAGGCAAACUUCAAAAGUUUGAAAUUCAGGAAAGAGUUACCAAAACGAUUACAUUUAAAAUUCACCCUAUAACUUGGUACACGAGCGUGUUUCUGAUUUGCCUUCACCCAAAUAAUGUGAAAACACAUACACCUAGCAUAUUGCAAUAACAUGCAUGUUCUGUUAAUGUGUUUCAUAUUUUCUCAGCAGUCUGGCAAAAAAAACCUCAACACAAGGUCUCCUUACUUGUUGUUUCCAAAGCUUCCUGAGCAGAUGGAGUUUGCUCGGUUGUCAUGGAGAUGGGUUGGUCGUUUAACAUUGGGAUUUUCGGUCACGUUUCAACAAGCGGUUGUAUAAAUGAAGAGAUCAUAACGGAUGGUCUUGAGAGCCAAGUAUGACUCUUCCCCUGCCUGUUGACCGACUCCUCCGCAAUGUCUUUGACCUCUUGGAACAUAAGGUUUCCUGGAAAAACCUCAUGUUAAAGACCAGAAGUCACUGCUCCAGGCCAAAAAAUAGUCCCACACAAACUCACGCACACCCAUAUUACGCUUUGGUUCUUGUACAUAUUACAACAAAGAAGAUAUAAUGUGUUUGGUAUACUUGAGUGACUAGCAGGCAGACACAGUAUUUUUAAUUGAAUCAAUUAAAGUAUUUAAUUAAUAAAGUAUUCAAGUAAUAAAGUAUUCAAUUAAAGUAACCACCAAAUGUUUCUAUAAUUGAUUAAAAAAGGAAAGAAAAUAAUUUCUGUAUGUCACAGUGUCAUAAAAGACAUUUUUGGCCAUUACUCAACAGUUUAUAUGAUAAUUAUGGUAUAGUUAUUUCACACAAAUGUUUGAAAGGAAAUUGUUACAUUUUAUAUCUAAAGGGUCAAAGGUCAACUUCACUGUGACAUCAUAAUAGUCUCCCAAAAAGGUUCUGGACAUGAUUCAACACCAUAGCUCAGGAGGAGCAACUUGACUGCUGCGUGGAGGCAAACAACCGUGAGAUGGCGACUCUGGUUCACUUUUUUUUGGACAUUUUAUAGACUAAAUGAACGAUUCAUUGUUUUUACUUUGAGGUAGAGCCAGGCUGUUUCCCUCUGUUUCCAAUCUUUGUGCAAAUCUAAGUUAAUUGGCUUCCUAUUUUCUGUACAGACAUGCGAGUGCUAUUAAUCUUAACUCUGCAUGAAAUGUUCCAAAACGUUGAACCAUUCCUUUGAAAAGCUGUGAAUCGGUAUGUGGAAGGCACCGCCGCCUUGUGACUGGAAGUGCUGGGAAUUAUUUACAAAAUUACACUGAUCUUGAUUUGGCUUUGCAUUUAUUAUUGUUGAUUUUGUUUUGUUUUUUUUUAACUCAUCCUGACUCUCUCUCCUAAUGUCCCAAUAUUUAACUGGACUCAUAAAUGUGUUAGCAUAUAGACACUCAUGAUGACCAUGCAGCUGUGAAAAUAUUUGCUAUUUUUGUACUCACUCCCAUACACUGAACUAACCGAUAGCAUUUGUAGCUGUUUUAUCAUUUGUUAUUUUGUUUUUUGUUUUUUAAUUCAUUGAUGUUGAUGAUGGAUAUGUAUUUGUAGUCGAUCACUGCCAUUAAAGAUACCUCUGCGCUGCACCUACUGAAUGAUGUGGUGCUGGUAGUACCCAUGUUUACUCAGCAGGGGGAGGUAUUCCACUUUGAUAUACCAAACAUGCUGCUGCAGGUAUCUCAGUUCAUAUGAUUACUAAAAAUAUUGAGUUGUGAAAAUCUGUAUUCGGUAUUUAUGUUUUUAGGCUAUUCUUAUUUAAUCCAAUUGGUAGCCAUAGCCGCUACAUGUGUUCGUUUUGAGCCUAAACAUGACAAUAGUUUAUUUUUUCACAUGUUGAAUGAACGUUUGCAUUCAUAUGAGGGUUCUUUGGGCUCACCUUGUGUUUUUUAUGCUCAGGCCCUGCUGGUAUUAGUGAUUUUGUUGUUGCAAAGGUAUCUCACAUAGUCUUCUAAAGACUUUUGAAGGAGAGGUUUGUGCCGUUCAGAAAUACUGAUUGCUGUGGAAGAAAGAAAAUCGUCCUCAUCUUGCUCCCAGUGUUUGUUUUCAAUGGCCUGGCGCAUUUUUAUUUCAUUGUGUUUUUUCUGCAUUCAUUAUGUAGCUGAGGGUGUUACGCCUCAACCAAAAAUGCAUUCUAUGCAAUAUACUGUCUUUCACAUGUUUCAUCUAACCUAACUGUGCCCUAAAUAAAUCAGCAUAUAUUGAU